AAUAUAAUAUCGAAACAGCCGAAACCUGCCCGUAAAUGGCAGUGUGUCACACAAUCUAUUUGUCACUUCAUCUGUGUUAGAUUUUAAAUUGAAAAUUGUGUCACAAAUCCAUCAAGAUGUCCCACCUGGACCUAGUUUCUGACCACUCUAAAGAGAAGCUCGUCGCCCUGCCUAGAGAUCUGCUGGACAUGCCCAAUUUGAAAAUGCUGUUUCUGGAGGGAAAUUUUUUGACUGAGUUGCCUCCUUCACUUUUCCAAAAGUUGCCUAAGCUGAUGUGGCUGGAUUUGAGGAAUAAUGUCCUGGAAUCUAUACCACCGACCAUUGCUUAUCAUCAGUGCCUUGAAAAUCUGCUUCUCACUAAUAAUAAUUUGAGAGCAUUGCCUAAUGAGCUUGGUCUGGUACCAAAACUAAAAGCUCUUCAAGUGUCAGAAAAUCCUUUGGUAUACCCGCCUAGAAAAAUCAUAGUCGAAGGAACAAAAAUGAUAAAGAACUUUCUGAAAUCUCAAUACGAACUUGAACACAUACAGGAAAUAGAGGCAGAUACUGUAGAAGACAAAGACAGCGUGAAGAGCUUGGAAUCGGAUAACGAGAAAAAGAAGCAGAAAACUGCCCCGAAACGUCGAAAGGGCAUAAGUGCGAGUGAGUUGAGGGAUAAACUGAGAAGAAAAUUAAGUGACCCUAUGGAACUACAACCAGCUUUGAAUGUAAGACAAAUACAGGAUCCGUCGCAGUUGCCCACGCUGAAGGAGGAACCGAUAAAGAUAGUGCAUAACGUCAAAAAGGAGGGAUCAAGAAUAUCCCUGAAAUCUUAUUUUCAUAGACUCGAGAACACAAUAUUAGGUAGACCAUCUUCAGAGAGAAUACGUUAAUCAGUGAUAGCAGAUAACGAAAUACUCACCCCCCCCCUUUGCAGGGGCAGGGUCUAAUUAGAAGAGGGUGUCAUACCUGACGGGUUUGGAUCAACAAGUGUUCCCACCAGAGUAGGAGAAGAUCAAUCUGGGAAAUUUGAUCAAGUCGUAAGAGAAGGAUGGCUCAACCAGCUAAGAAUUUUGCUAAAUGACCAGGAGAGAAUAAUUCAACAAGAGAGGAAUUUGAGAGCUCUAUCGGACUGGCGUUUCAAAAACAAACACCAAGCUCCGAAGGUUUUCUCCGAAGAUGCUGAUAAUCACUUAGUACCUACAGCACCAUAUGCAAUGAACAAAGAUUUUUUGAAAAUGCCUACAAGAGAACAGUUGGCCGCACAGUUGAACGAAUCGCUCAAAGAAAAAAGACCCUCAAGAUCUGAAAUAGAGCAAAACUCCCACAACUCAAACGUGGAGAUGCUUAUCAACGAUCUGAUAGAACAGCUGAAGGAAAUAGAAAGCGCACAAAGAACAGGAUCAAGGGAAAAGCAAUCGCCAAGGUCGGACAUACAAGCAACAGAAAAUCAAAUCAAAACGAUAAUGGAUAUUCAGAAGAAGCUGGUGCAGCUGAAAGGUGGAAGCUACCCAGGAAUUUAAACACACUCUUCACAAACAUAAAAUAUUUUAUUGUGUUUAUAAUAUUGUACAAUAUCAAACUAAAUAAAAUAAAAUAAAAACGUCAGUAUCAAGCGUUAAGCUAAAUAGAAUGAUAAUAUAAAAAUCAC